AUGAAGUCCUACACCGUCGCCGCCGCCAUUGCCGGCUUUGCCUCUUCCGUCGCAGCCCACGGCUUCAUCAGCGAGCCUGCUCCCCGUAUGCCCGGCGAUGGCCUCAAGGCUGCCUGUGGUGACCAGGUCUACAACACCCAGUCCUCGGACCACUACGGAAACGUUCAGGGUGCUCUCCAGAACCUCCAGGGUGACCACCCUGACUGCCGCAUGUGGCAGUGCAAGGGUGUUCCCUUCUCUGACGCUGGUGAGAUCUUCGAGUACACCGCUGGUCAGGUCAUCCCCAUGAAGGUCGAAAUCCGCGCGCCCCACGACGGUGUUGCCAACGUUUCCAUCGUCAACAUCGCCACCGACAAAGUCAUCGGCAAGCCCCUCAUCAGCUGGGACGAGUAUGCCCUUACCUCCUCUCCCAUGUCUCAGCACCCUGACUGGACCUCUUUCGACAUCACCAUGCCCGAUGUCAGCACCGAGUGCGCCAACAAGGGUGACUGUGUCAUUCAGUGGUUCUGGGACGCUCCCUCAAUCGACCAGACCUACGAGUCCUGCAUCGACUUCACCAUGGGCGGUGGCUCCGGUUCUGGCAGCGGAUCGUCUCCCGCUCCCUCAGCUUCUGCUAAGCCCAGCGCUUCUGCUUCCCCCGCCGCCACCCCUGUGGCCACUGGUGGUUCCGACUCUGGCUCCGACUCCAGCCUCCCUGAGUCUUUCACCAUCGACACCUUCAUCACCUGGCUCCGCGCCAACGCCGGCACUGGUGUCGCUGACAAGGUCCGCCGCAUGGUAGCCGCUCAGCGCGCCCACCCCCGUGCUUUCCGCGUCUAG